AUGGCUGAAGUUGUGUGGUGCGGCUUCGGCCUGAAUGCAUGCAAGCUUGUAGAGCAGGGUCGCAUCAAGCUUCUUCAUACUGUUCUCCUGCCCCAGCAAGAUUGGAAGUCCGUUCCACGAGUGCGGUACGGUGGCUCCUUUGACUUAGGCGUCAGUAUUUGUGAUGAUGCGAUGCAGGGAUUUCCUUUGCAAACAUCCAAUGCUGUCCUGGCAGCUGCUCUUGAUAGCAACGAGGCUUUGCAAACCCUUCUGAAUAUCGAGAGGUCCAAGAAGGGUGUCAGUGUCAUGGCCUUUGUGUUGCGUUCCAAGCCGGACUUGGAUUUGAUUGCCGAUUACAAGCAGGCUGGAUGGCAGGUGGAAAUGCGCGAGCUGCGCUGGGAGAAGAUGGGCACAGCAUACUCCGAGUCGAGUUGGUUGCUUUUUCUAUCCCAAAAGGAUGUGGGCUUGAAGAACAUCGUUGACUCCAACAAUACCAAGUUUGAGAUUCUGAUGCCGCCUGCAUACAUGCCUGAUGCUCAGAGCCCGCGCUCCACAAUGGAAAAGAUUGUGGCUCCGAAUGGCGACUCCGAUGAUGCCAGUGCCGGCCGCAAGCGCAUCAGAGAAGCUGUGGACAUGUUGAAGCAGGAGGCCACGAAAGACUCAUCGUGGUAUGUGAAUGCUCGGGCGAAGCAGCUUAAGUUAUCGCGCCACCCGCCGAGAUGCACUGCUCAAGGCGAACACAUCAUGUCCAGGAAGGGCCGCAGCUACUAUCUUGGGAGCCAUGAAUAUCUGCGACUUCUCGGCUACGAGUCUGAUGACGAUAUCAACAUGUGCCUCGCUAGCAAGCCCUUGAAUAUCAUUUCGAGCACUCCUCCGAAGACCGUCUACAAAAUCCUUUUGGGAGUGGCCUUGGACAUCUGGUCCCAGCGAACUCUCUGCAUGGCCAUGUCCAGGUACUUUUAUUUUAAUUACGAGCCUACGGAACAUUCUGAAAUCAUCUGUUCUAAUCCCUAA